AUGGCGACCCUGCCGGUAGGGGAGGACAAGUGGGUAGACUACGUCGCUGAGAACAGACGACACGCCAACGACCUGGAAAAGCGCGUUCACGUUAUCGAACUGUUCAAGCUCGCCAUCGAGGCCGAGCCCAACAGCGUCAAGAUUUGGCGCGAUUACUGCGAAUACUUUUGGUCCCUCUACGUCGACAGCCAGACCCCCGAAUCUGCCUGGUCCGAUGAGGAACGUCACAUGGGCCGCGAGCUCUUCUCUCUCAACGCCGCCCUCAGCCUCUGGCAGCAGGGCUACGAAUCCAUUCAAUUUCGCAUCAGCGACAGCCACGAGCUAUGGGACCGAUGGAUCUCCCUCGAGCGCGCCAUGCUCGCCGGUACCCGCACCGCCGAGGGCAUCCGGCGCAUCACCUACCUCUACAACGACCGCCUGACAACUCCUCACGUCACCCGUGACGACACCGCCCAAGCCUUCUCCGAGUUCCUGUCCACCUAUAACAAAGCUGCAUGGGAAUCCACCAUGCAGGAAAUCACCGUCAAGUCUCAAGAGGCCAAGAAGCUGACCGAAGACCGCGACAUGUUCGAGUUGAAGCUGAGAAAGGCCCAGCGGGAGGGCAAGGAAGACGAGUACCGCGCCAUUCUGAGGGAAUACCUUGAUUGGGAGUGCGCCCAGAGCAAGAGGAGCAAUAAGCAUGCCGAGGCCACGGGCGACCUCUGUCGAGGUCUCUAUGCCAGGGCCUUGACAGGCGUCUUCGCCUUCGACGACACUACCUGGAACGAAUAUGUGCGAUUCCUCUCAACAUCUGGGACGUACGCACAGUCGCCCCAGGGCAUGGUCGAUGUCCUGCGGCGAGCUGUGGAUCACUGCCCGUGGUCUGGAGCGAUUUGGUCCCGAUACAUUCUCACCGCCGAGGAUGCCAAGCUGCCUUUCAACGAAAUCGAACAAAUCAAGCACAAGGCAACCAGUAACCCUGAACUGUACAAGAACGGUAUGGCCGCACUUCUUGACAUGUACGCAGCCUGGUGCGGUUUUCUCAAGCGGAAGGCCAUGGAUCUCAACGCCAACGACGAAGACGUCGAUGUUGCCGACAUGGGCUUGCGCGCUGCCCUCGAGUUCGUCGACCAGGCCAAGCACCGCUACGGUGAUAGUUACAGAGGCGACCCCAACUUCCGCCUAGAGCGCAUUUACAUCCAGUACCUGACCGAGAAGAAACGCAACAUUGACGAGGCAAGGAGUCUUUGGCACAAACUAGCAGAAAAGCAACUCUACGCCGAUAGCUACGACUUCUGGUUAAACUACUACCUCUGGGAGAUGAUGAUUUUCGCAUCCAACGGCAAGGACCGCAGCCCGACGCCGUCGACGGCUGCGAUUGGACUCAGGGUACCCUCAGUGGCCACAGCCGUGCUCGGCAGGGCGAUUAAGAGAAAGUCCCUAGACUGGCCGGAGAGAGUCAUUGACGUCUACGUGCAGCACUGCAACGAUUAUGAGCUGCCUAGUACAGUACGCAUCGCCAUCGAUACGGUGUAUGAAAUGCGUAAAGAGGUCGUCAAGCGGAGAGAGAGAGAAGCUGCACAGGCAGCAGAAUACUAUGCAGCUCAGGCGCAGGAGCAGGCGGCUUACGCAGCCCAAGUGGCCGACGACGACUCCACUUCCAGCUCGAAGAGGAAACGAGACGAGGAGGCUGACGCUGCCGAUGCAACAGCCAGCAAGAGACCGAAAAACGAUGUCGCCGAGGCGGAGGCGGCAGCGCUGAAGCAGCAGAGUCUGAAGAGGGAUCGCGAGAACACAUCAGUUCUCGUGAGCAAGCUCCCUAACGAGACCACAAAGACCAAAAUACGGCAGUAUUUCAAAGAGUAUGGCCACAUCGUCGACGUAACGGACCCCGCUAUUGACCCUCAAGACAACACCCAGACCGUCAUGGUAGAGUUCAAGACACCGGAAGAGGCGCAAUCGGCACUUCUCAGAGACGGGAAGUACUUUGGGACAGCCCAGAUCAGCGUCGAGCCUGGCACUGAUCUGACUGUCUAUGUCACAAAUUACCCUCCGACCGCGGACAAGACCUACCUCGCCAAGCUUUUCGAGGAUUGCGGCAAGAUCUUGAGCAUCAGAAUGCCCAGCCUGAAGGGCAACGUGCGCCGAAGAUUCAGUUACAUCACGUUCCGCGACCGAGAAGCCUCUGCCAAGGCAACACAGAAGCACGGCACUCUCCUCGACGGCAAGUUCAAACUAAUGGCCAUGUACUCCGACCCGUCUCGGGCAAAGAAGCGCGAAGGAGCCAUAGAGGAGCAGCGUGAGCUCCACAUCACCGGCCUUGACCCGGCUGCCGUCGAAGACGAUAUCGAAAAGGUGUUCUCCAAGUAUGGCGCCGUAAAACGCAUCAGCAUACCCAGGAACAAGGCCGGCAAGGCUCAUGGCGUGGCAUAUGUCGAAAUGGAAACCAAGGAACAGGCCCAGACCGCUGCCAAGGAGCUGGACAAGGCCAAGUUGCGUAAUAGCAUCAUGACAGUGCAGAUCUCGACACCCAGCAACUUCAAGAGGACAGCCGUUGCCUCGAAAGAGGGUGCCUCUCCAGCACCAAGUCGGGACGAGGAAGGUGACGAAACUAUGGCGGAUGGCGACUCGGCCCGUCAAGCAGGGCCCAAUCGGGCCGAGAUCGCUUCGCGGACGAUUGCUCUCUUGGACAUUCCCGACACGGUCAACGACGCGCGGGUCAAAGAAAUAGUUGAGAAGAUUGCAGGGUUCAAGAGUCUCGUCCUCCAACCCAGUCACGGGGGCGCCAAGAUCGAGUUCGAGGACGAGCCCAGCGCCGGCCGCGCAGCGCUUCAGCUCGACGGCUACGUCCUGGAUGGCCGCAAGCUGCGGACAGGAUCCGUCGAGGAGCUGAAGCAUUCAAAGGGAGAGUUCCGCACAGACAAGAUCGUUUACGGCGCGGGCGGGAAGAAGCAGAGCGACAAGUCCUCUGCGCCGAAGAGCAGCGGAGCCGCCUUCAUCCCGCCGCCGACGGCCGUCAAGCGACCAGUGCUGGGCAAGGGCGGCGCCAAGCGAGGACUGGGUUUCCUCCCGAAGACGGGGGCUGCGGGCGCGGCGGACAAGUCACAAGCUGAGGCCAAGGUGAACGGCGCCGGCGGUGGUGGUAGCGAAGACGCGGCGGGGGAGACACGGAAACCGAUGAAGAGCAACGCCGACUUCAAGGCGAUGCUCCUGGGGACUAAUGCGGCGGCGGCGUCGGCAACGACGGCCAAGGAAGACGGCGCGGCGGCGGGGAGGAACGGCAACGGGCAGGCUGGCCAAGAAGACCAGCAGUAA